CGCGGGCGGCACGGGACUCGGGGGCUUGAGGCUCUGGCUCCCACGGACGGUCGGGCUUCCUGAGGUAGAAAUGUCUGCCCAGAGGUUAAUUUCUAACAGGACAUCCCAGCAAUCUGCAUCUAAUUCUGAUUAUACCUGGGAAUAUGAGUAUUAUGAGAUUGGACCAGUUUCUUUUGAAGGACUGAAGGCUCACAAAUAUUCCAUUGUGAUUGGAUUUUGGGUUGGUCUUGCAGUCUUCGUGAUUUUUAUGUUUUUUGUGCUGACUCUGCUGACCAAGACAGGAGCCCCACACCAAGACAAUGCAGAGUCUUCGGAGAAGAGAUUCAGGAUGAACAGCUUUGUGUCAGACUUUGGAAAGCCCCUGGAGCCAGAUAAGGUGUUCUCUUCACAGGGCAAUGAGGAAUCCAGGUCCUUCUUUCACUGCUACAUCAGUGAAGCGGACCCCCUGGAGAAGGCCAAAGCUUGUCUCCAGACCACGGCCCUCGACAGUGAAGUUCAUCUCCAGGAAGCCAUCAGAUGCAGUGGGCAGCCAGAGGAGGAGCUGAACAGGCUCAUGAAAUUCGACAUCCCCAACUUCGUCAACACCGACCAGAACUCCUUUGGGGAAGAUGAUCUCCUGAUUUCCGAAACACCUAUUGUUCUAGAAAAUAAGCCAGUGGUCCAGACCUCACACAAAGAGUUGGACUGAGAAGCACAUUUUAUCAGGUGUCUUCCUGAAAAUGCUGGGUUUGUCGUUGAAUAGCCAGAAAUCUCUGUUCAUCGAGAUUGUGUGUGUGUUUGUAUAUAAGAGACAGACAGAGAGAGAGGCAGAAAGACAGAGAAGAGAACCCCCUGAGAAGAAAGAUGGUGAAGCUGAGUUUUCAUGCCUUUAAACGUAUUUGGAACCUUUGGGGGAACCAAAUAUUUACACUAUCUCAUCUUCCUUGUUGAGAACUUGGUCACGUAUUCGGCGUCAGCGUUCACAAACGGGGUUUGAUGUGCUGCGUUUCCUGUCUGGCCCUGCCACUACCGUGCUCUACCUUUAGCAAGUUACUUUGAUUCUCUGGGAUGCCACCUUUUUAUCUGUAAGGUGAGGAGUCUGGAGUAGGUGAUCCAAUAAUUUGUGGACUUUUGACUUUGUAUUCACAUGAGGCUGGAAAUACCCAAAAUUAUAUAAACUAGAGGCUGCCCCCUGGUUCUUGUUAUAACAUUCCCCCAGGUCUGUACCUCUCUCUCAACCCUUAAUUGAACCCAACUUAUGUCAGGGGCUCGAGCAUCUCCCAGGAUGUCAAGAGACCUUGCCUCUCACGGUCACUGUGGCCAAAUUUAUAGCACUUUGCUAAAACAGCUCAAAUCUGAAGACAGCCCCCACACCCCAUGCCCCAAGGUGAGCACCUUAUAUGACAGUCCUAUCCCCCAAAUGUAUGGCAGGCUGUGAGCUGAGUCAAAGGAAGUGCGUUCUGUGUCCGUGUCAGUGUAGCUGU